AAGUGGGUAACAUUGGAAGAGACCUGCCUCGCCGUUGUGUCGGCCAUAGUGAAAAUGGCGGGUAUUAGCUUACGUGAAUGACGAACGACCGUUCGGCCUCUCGAGAGCUUCGUGUCCUGAAUAUUCGAUUUGUCGCAACGUCGCGGCGGGGUAUCGAGUGUACGGUGUGUGCUUCACCGCGACGCGGCUACAUCGGCGGGGUAACUGUGUGUCAUAUGAUUUAUCUGGGGGGGUAAAGAUGCAGAAUGUAGCACAAGGAACGACCUCGGAUAGCCAGAAAAGCUUCGAGAAGCCAGCCUCGCAGCCAGCAGCAGCGGCGACGGCGGCAGCGACGACGACGACGACGACGGCCCUACCAUCGUCGGCGAGCGUUCACCACGAUCCCGGGAAAACGUCGUCGACUCCCCAGUCCUCGAACUCGAGCCCCACGAAGUCGGAGACCGAGACCUUCUCCGAGCUGCAGCCGCGCUUUAUGACAGAUUCGUCGGAGAGCGAGGAGGACAGCGUUUCCGAGGUGGAGUGCUUUGCGAUCGAUCAGGUCGAAUUGGACGAGGAUCAUUCCGAGUCGUCGAAAUUCUUGCUGACGCCCGAGGAUCCCGAGCGCUCGGUGGAUCCUGAGACCCAAGCGCGUCUCGAGGCACUGCUCGAAGCGGCCGGCAUCGGGAAACUGUCGUCGGGGGAUGGGAAGCACCUGCCCGACCACGAGGUGCUCCGUCGGUUAACGUCGAGCGUAUCUUGCGCAUUGGACGAGGCCGCGGCAGCGCUGACACGUAUGCGCAGCGAUAACUCGCGUACGCCGAACGAAAAGCGCUCUCUCGUCGAGGCGUGCACCGACGGGGACGUCGGCACCGUUCGGAAGUUGUUAACGGAGGGCCGGAGCGUCCACGAGACCACCGAGGAAGGAGAGAGCCUGCUUUCGCUGGCUUGCUCAGCUGGUUACUACGAACUCGCUCAGGUACUUUUGGCGAUGAAUGCUAAUGUAGAAGAUCGCGGCAUCAAGGGAGACUGCACCCCUUUGAUGGAAGCUGCUAGUGCAGGACAUGUAGAUAUUGUAUCUUUGCUGAUUGCCCACGGGGCUGAUGUUAAUGCUCAGUCUACGUCAGGUAACACACCUCUUAUGUAUGGAUGCGCCGGUGGACACGAAGAGGUUGUACGUGUCUUAUUAAAUUCGGGGGCCAAUGUCGAAGAUCACAAUGAGAACGGUCAUACACCUCUCAUGGAAGCGGCAAGCGCCGGGCAUGUUCAAGUCGCCAAGAUCUUGCUUGAGCACGGGGCCGGCAUCAAUACUCAUUCCAAUGAAUUUAAAGAGUCCGCGUUGACAUUGGCCUGCUAUAAAGGACAUUUAGAGAUGGUCCGUUUCUUGCUAGAAGCUGGCGCGGAUCAGGAACAUAAAACCGACGAGAUGCAUACCGCCCUUAUGGAGGCAUCAAUGGAUGGUCAUGUGGAAGUUGCUCGUUUGCUCUUAGAUUCAGGUGCCCAAGUAAAUAUGCCGACGGAUAGUUUCGAAUCGCCAUUAACAUUAGCUGCGUGCGGAGGUCACGUAGACCUGGCUAUGCUGCUGAUCGAGCGUGGCGCAAACAUCGAGGAAGUCAACGAUGAAGGUUAUACUCCAUUGAUGGAAGCAGCGCGCGAGGGUCAUGAAGAAAUGGUUGCUUUACUUUUGAGCCAAGGUGCAAACAUCAAUGCUCAGACUGAGGAAACUCAGGAAACGGCGCUCACUUUGGCCUGUUGCGGUGGCUUUUUGGAAGUUGCCGAUUUUUUAAUCAAGGCGGGAGCGGAUAUCGAGCUUGGCGCGUCCACUCCUCUAAUGGAAGCUGCGCAGGAGGGACACUUAGAUCUUGUUCGAUAUUUACUGGAAUCUGCAGCAGAUGUUCACGCUCAGACGCAGACAGGAGACACUGCAUUGACAUACGCGUGUGAGAACGGUCACACUGACGUUGCUGAUCUUUUGUUACAAUUUGGCGCUGAUCUAGAGCAUGAAUCAGAAGGAGGUAGAACUCCACUGAUGAAAGCUUGUAGAGCGGGCCAUUUGUGUACAGUUCAAUUCCUCAUCUCGAAGCGCGCCGAUGUCAAUCGACAAACGACAAAUAAUGAUCACACGCCACUUUCUUUGGCAUGCGCCGGUGGUCAUCUUGCAGUGGUUGAGCUACUCCUUGCACACUCUGCAAAUCCUUUUCAUAAGCUGAAAGAUAACUCUACUAUGCUGAUAGAAGCGGCAAAAGGGGGUCAUACUCCUGUUGUUCAACUAUUAUUGGAUUAUCCCCAUAGCAUUAUGAUGAGUGCUCCUCAUAGUGCUGCACCUGCGCCCAUGUUAUUACCGCAACAACAACAGCAGCAGCAGCAGCAGCCACCACCACAGCCACAACUACAACAACAGCAGCAGCAGCAAUCACAACAACAGCAGCAACCACAACAACAGCAGCAACCACAACAACAGCAGCAACCACAACACAUAAGUCAUCAACAACACGUACCUCACUCUCAGCAAACAUCUACUACGCAACCACAGCAACAGCAGCAACAACCUGCCGAGCAAUUACAAGCGCAAAAUCUUCAACCCAAACAUAAUACGCAAAAGUCAUUGUUAAGAAAGAAUCGAUCAGUGACUAUGAUGCCCGAUACGAGCCUUACUUCUGCCGAAGCGCAACAAGUUCGUUCACAGCCCGCAGGAGAAUCAACCGCUACUACUAAGGACGAUACCAAUAUUCUUGAUAAAGGCAGUGGAGGUUUUACAAGUUUGUCAGAACCUAAUAUUAGUCUUAGUCCGACGCCAGCAACGUCAACGCAAGUAAUACAUGUCAGCGAAAGUCGGAAAACUAUAACUAGACAAGAGCAAAUUCUUCAUAAGCAACAAAUACUUGAAGAAUUGCAAAGGGUAGAACGAGAACUACAAAUCAAAGGUGCAGGACAUUUGUUUUCUGGUCCCCGAAAUUCCAUUAUUAAUCAAUCUCAACAACCGCAACAAGAUCCUAGCGAGACGGAUGCAUUAUUACCAGGCAUGUUGAAUAUCGAUUUACCAGCUCAGUCGACAUCUCCUCAUGGUUUAGUUUGCAAUACAACCGGUAUGUCUAGUAGUUCAUUGACGUAUCCAGGGGCUAACGACGCAGCGUUGGUAUGCAGCGCUUAUCUUGAUGGUAAAAUAAUGGGGAUGCAAGCUGCACAAUUCCAAAAAACGCUUUCCGUAGUUCCAACUGCGACGGAAACGUUUCCCACAAAUACAUUUCCUUCUUCGCCUCCGCUGUCUCUCGCGCCAUUACCUGUCGCAACCACUACCACCACCGUAUCACUCAUUAGUGCUACUACUUCAACAACCACGCCGAGUCCGCCAAGUAUUUCUACGCACCCAACCGUUAUAGCCGUUUCUCAAUCGCCUAUCACUGCAAGCAGCGACGUCAGCCAAAAUACUGCUAUAAGCGAUCGUCCAAAAGCUAAACCUGUAUCGAAGAAGGAAGGUAAAAAUGUGCGAAAAGCUACGUCCAGUAUGGGGAUGGCGAAAUUACAACAGACACAAGCGACCAUAAUGGCUGGACUUCAUCAGCAAUACCAGCAAAAGCAACGUCAGCAUCCUUCCUAUCAAGUGCAACAGGUUCAGCAGCUGCAGCAACUAAAUCAACAGCUGCAACUUCAGUUGGAUCAAGUGCAGAUACAACAGCAAUCGCAGCAGCCACAAUCGCAACCGCAACAAUCUCAUCAACAAACGCAUUCGCAACAGCAAAGCAAUAUAGUUGCUAAUAGCACUGGUAGCAUACUUAUGCCCACUCAAUUGAUGCCGCACUUACAUCCUACGCAUCAUCAUUUGCACAAUCAGCAAACGGCGCAAGAAAAUCUUCCUGAGCAAACGGAUCCUGAGUUAACACGAAAAUACAGAGAAAGCGCGUGCGCGUUUUUCACUGGUGCUCAGAAAUCUAAAACUUUUUCCCCUAACGAGAGAGUAUUGAAAUUGGAGGAUGGCACGGAUAUUCCUAUCGACGAGGCGUUUGAAAUUUUUCGUUCCAUCAGUUUCGACGAUCCAGUUGACACAACGGAAGAUCAAGAGAAGCUUGAGUUAAAAAGAUUGGACGUAUCGAAUAAGGAACAGCAACAGCAACAACAGCAACAUUUGCAUACUACACAAAUAGUUCAGCAAAGCGGAAAUCCUCACGUGUCCCAAGAAUAUUUUACUCCUGUGUUGUCAGUACCUUCGGUUUCUCUACCAGCCUUACCGUCGCUGCAAGUAACUAGCGCUGGCGUUCAAAUAGAGGCAGACAUAUCAACGGGUUUACAACUAACAAGUACGCAAUCCUUGCAAAAUCCAACGCUGAAGCACCGUCUGAGAGCCUUCGAGGAAGGUUUCCGCCAGGGUAGCAUACAUUUUCGCGAAUGUAUGCAACAUAUUAGCAGCGAUACUUUCCAACCUCAACUGUUGCUACAAUCCUCUCAAAUAACAUUUCCUACACAAACAUUACCAGCUGUGAGUGGCGCACCGGGGAUAAUAGAUAAUGUACCUCCUCAUCAAUCGAGUAAUUAUGUGCAAUCCACAACUUGCAGCACUAAUCAAGUUCAAGUUGCUACCCAGACUCAAGCACCCGCCACUACAACAACCGCGAAUGUAGCUAUUCCUGACAAAAAACAAGUAUAUACUGCACCAACAACGGGCAAGGGCAAGAAGGCUAGAUAUCCUCUUCUGUCACAGCAACAGACUUGCCAGCAACAACAAACUGCCAAUGCUCAAACUCCUAAUUUUCCUGCGCAAAACUAUCAGCUAGAUCCAGCGACAGGUGUCCCGACAGUCGGUGGAUACGCGUCUAACCAAGUCCCACCCGCUCCGUUUUCGUGUAUGGAUGUUGAUUCAGAAACCGACAGCAAUCAUGACACCGCACUGACUUUGGCUUGUGCGGGAGGGCAUGAAGAUCUUGUAGAACUUCUUCUGAGUCGCGGUGCAGAUAUAGAACAUAGAGACAAGAAGGGGUUUACGCCACUUAUUUUGGCUGCAACGGCUGGUCAUCAGAAAGUAGUCGAAAUUCUACUCAAUCAUGGAGCCGACAUAGAGGCACAAUCUGAACGUACCAAGGAUACGCCAUUGUCUCUCGCGUGCAGCGGAGGUAGAUACGAAGUAGUUGAGCUUCUACUUAACCGCGGCGCAAACAAAGAACAUCGCAACGUUUCUGAUUAUACCCCAUUGAGUUUGGCCGCAUCUGGUGGUUAUGUGAACAUAAUAAAGCUUCUGCUAAGCCAUGGUGCCGAAAUUAAUUCACGAACUGGUUCGAAAUUAGGCAUAUCCCCGCUAAUGUUAGCAGCUAUGAAUGGUCAUACUGCGGCAGUUAAAUUGCUAUUGGAUAUGGGGAGUGAUAUUAACGCGCAAAUCGAGACGAACCGUAAUACAGCAUUGACACUCGCAUGCUUUCAAGGAAGACACGAGGUUGUUAGUCUUCUUCUCGACCGGAAAGCCAAUGUCGAACAUCGAGCUAAAACGGGUUUAACGCCAUUAAUGGAAGCUGCCAGUGGUGGAUAUGUCGAAGUCGGGCGUGUGUUACUUACUAAAGGUGCGGACGUUAAUGCUACGCCUGUACCGUCAUCUCGUGAUACUGCUCUAACAAUUGCCGCUGAUAAAGGACACUGCCGUUUCGUAGAACUCUUAUUAUCGAGGGGAACUCAAGUCGAGGUAAAAAAUAAAAAAGGGAACAGUCCACUGUGGUUAGCUGCAAAUGGAGGGCACCUUAAUGUCGUGGAUUUGCUGUUUCAUGCAGGUGCUGAUAUUGAUUCGCAAGAUAAUCGUAAGGUUUCCUGCCUAAUGGCCGCAUUCCGAAAGGGUCAUAUUAAAGUGGUCAAGUGGAUGGUGAAUCAUGUAACGCAAUUCCCAAGCGAUCAAGAAAUGACGAGAUACAUAGCUACAGUUAGCGAUAAGGAACUUUUGGAAAAGUGUCACGAAUGCGUUAAAGUGAUAAGAGCUGCCAAAGAGACGCAGGCCGCUAAAGCAAAUAAGAAUGCAAGUAUAUUGUUGGAAGAACUCGACAUGGAAAAAAAUAGAGAGGAAUCGAAGAAAGCGGCUGCCGCACGAAGACGAGAAAGAAAGAAGAAGAAAAAGCUUGAGAAGAAGGAGGAGAAACGUAAACUUCAUGAGGAGUACAAGAAGAAUGAAACAGCUUUUGAGGAUAAGGAAGAAAGCGGAAAAAAAUCAGACGAAGAAUGCGACCGAGCGGAUGACAGCGAGCACGAGGGUGGCGAUGAGAGAAUGGAGAGCGUGCCGUCUCCUGUAAACAGAAGCCCGGAAGAUCCCGAUAGAGAAGAGGGUGACAGUGGAAUAGAUGCGAACAGUCAGGGAAGCUGUAGUAGCAAUGAUGUAAAAGCGAGAGAGAAAAAGAAGGAAAAGAAGAAAAAGAAGAACAAUAGUCCUAGUAACAACGAUAAGGAUACGUCCCCACAGCGUUCGUCCAAGACCUUGAUUUCGCAAAACACCAAUCUAUCUCAAAACACAGCGACAUCGACAAAAUCCCAGAAUAACACUUUAGAAAAGCGAAUUAUAACUAACGUUACCAGUGCAGUAUCUGUAUCUACAACUUCGAUCACAACUACUAGAACAUCCACCACCGUCAGUUCCGAUCGAAAACUGAAAGGACAAUUGGUCUUCGAGUCCUCUAGACAUCCUGCUGAUAGAGAAGAUUUUGAAGCAACUGGUAACGAGACUUAUAUUCCUGGCAAAGGAAAAAAGUCUUAUAAUAAUCAAUACGAUGGAGAUGCUCUAAACACAUCGACGAAGGCGAGCAACACUAGCCCUAAACAAAGUGGAAAACGCGAAGAAGGAUGGAAAGAAGUUGUACGAAAGGGACAAUCGGACGAUUCAGGCAGAUUUAUGAAUUCACCAUUUCGUUCUAAAAAAGUAUCUGUUCCUCCAAAUGCUAUUAGCAGAGUAAUAGGGAGAGGUGGCUGCAAUAUAAACGCUAUUCGUGUUGCGACGGGUGCGCAUAUUGAAGUAGAAAAGCAAAGUAAAUGCCAAGUAGAAAGAAUCAUUACGAUAAAAGGUACAACUGAAGCAACAAAACAAGCUCAUGGAUUGAUAUCUGUACUUAUUAAGGAUCCAGAUGCAGAUAUAUUACAGAUGCUUCCAAAGUUAAAAAAUAUAACAACCUCUCCAUGGGAUAAAUCUGUCUCCACUGUUGUUGCGAGUAAAACGAAACUGGGUGGAUCUGUCAAUAAAUUGUCUAAUCUGACAUCCAGUACAACCAGUAAUCAACUUAACAAGUCCGGGUAUUCUUCAGGUGCAUCCUCUACUAAUCCAUUGGUUCCUAUUCGCUCAUCGAGCAUGAAGCUUGCUUUUCCUUCUGUGCCACGAGCGACAGCACCUAGACUCAUGGCUGCAGCGGAGAAACGUGCGCAAGCCGUAGCUGCUCACAUGGCGUCCUCAUCAAAUACCAAGACGACAAUGUCAUAUACGAGUGCGAUUAUGACGGCCGGUAGAACGGGAACAAAGGUUGUCACAACGCAGUCGUUCGCAGCGAAGCUAUCCGAUGUCACUGCCUCGACUCAUAGUUCCACUACUGUCAUACAGUCCACUCAAAUUGCACCUGUAAACAAGCAACAGAAGCCCAUGGCGCAAGCCACGACCGUAACUAUCAUGUCGGUCACGUCUGCGGCAACCGCUCAUACAAUCAGCCAGCAACAACAGUCUAUGGUCAGUCGUACAUCGCCGAAACACUGCCGAUCACUGCCAAUUUUGCCUGCUACAUCGGCAAUAGCAUCUCACUAUCCCGGAAAGUCAAUCUACUCUGCAGGAACGAUUGCAAUUUCGUCGUCAGCGGCUACAAACGCCGUAGUAACGACAAACUGUCCGGAUAAUUCGAUCGUUUCAACGUCAACCAGUUCCGUUCGAGUGACACCUUCGCCGCCGGUUGUAUCGCUGCAAACGCAGACGUUACCGCCACCAUUACCAACGGUACAGCAGCAGCAACAAUCGAUGCAACAGCAAUCGCAGCAAAAUAUUCGCAGCACUACGCCGAUCGUGUCUCAGGAGCAUCAGCAGCAGCAGCAACAACAGCAGCAACAACCUAGUAGCACGCCUCUGGAGUAUUCUCUGUUUAACGAUACUUUUACUAAAGUCACGCAACAGUCAAUGUGGGGAGGAAGAGAAAACGAAACCCAAAAAGGCAUGAAUUUUGCGACUGUUGCGGGCGGUGGUGUAUCGUCAAACACGAACUCUGGCCCAGCUGCGGCUAAAUUUGACAGUUCCCCACCGCAGGUAGACGCGUCCAAGGCUCCGGGAUACCGCGGUACAGCAAUGUGUUCCCCGGUUUCCAGCAAGCCGGGUAACACGAGCAAUACAUCAAGCAACGUUAUUGGCAGCGUGGUAUCAUGUUCCGUGCACAACAAUCCUAUGCAGCCCGCGCAGUUUCAAUCUUCGACGAGCUACAGCGAGCAUCCAAUAUCAAACAAACCGCCCGGUAGUCUAGCGGUGGCUAGACCAGUAAUACCCCAACAGAACAUUGAUAUGGGAACGGGCAUGGCGGCACAGUUCAGUAGACCAGCGGUAUUUCAGGGUGAUCUGACAACACGGAGCGCGACGACUCAUCAACCGGCAGCACAUGUGAUACCGUCUACAUCACAACCGGCGCUGGAUGUCAGUUUGUUCAAGGCGGCGAACAGCGGCAGCGGCAGUUACGAGCAUCCGAACGUUAAUUCCAACCUGUUGAAAAUGAUGCCGAACGAUAGUCAGAAUACCGCUGGCCAUUCUUUGCUACCGUUUCAUCCUCACAUGCAGAGUUUCGCUCAGACUAUCGCGCCGUCCGCCUCCGUGAUCAAUACCACCGUUAGUAUGUCAAGAUUGAACCCGCGCGCUCCUGACUUCUCUAGUUCGCUUCACCUGAGCAAUAAGCCGCAAGUAACGAUGUUUAAUGCUGCCGCCGGAUCGGCAGGAUUGCACCCGGCCAACAUGUUUGCCGCAACCGUGCCGGCACCGCCGCCGCCCGCCAAUAAUUUGGCGAUACUCGGUAAUUAUCCGCUAGGAAAGUAUCAAGCGCGGGCAACGCCAGCAGCGAACCCUGGCAUCUCGACGACGGCCCAGACGACCCGUUGGCCAUUUGCCACACCGGCACCACAUACUGGCUACCCGCCACACCAAGAUCCCAUGAUUAGCCAGAUCGGGUUCUCCAAUCAGCUUGCCAAUAUUGGUGGUCAACCCGGUGGUGGCGGCGGCAUGGAUCUGAUUACAACAAUGGAAAAUGGUGGUUCGCCGGCCAUAUCUCCCUCGUCGCCGGCGCAAGUGACUCAGGAAAUAAGCCAAUUGAAAAUCGAAGACCGCAAGGUACCGCGACCAAUUGGUACUGAAAGAGCAACAUGGAAGAAUUACUCGGUAACUGGUAUGGGUCCGGGCGGCGAUGCCGAUUCCAUCAGUUGGAUGCUCAAUGAGAAACUAGCGUGGUCGAAUUGUAACCUGGCACCUGGUAUCGACAGGCACCAAAUGUUUCGAUCGAAUCCCACCUAUAACCAACGUAUAUCCAACGUCGAACCCGAGCUCCAUCAAAUAAUGGAACCUUCCUACCAGGGCCAUGUGAAUACACAACAGCCUUUCCCAGCUAAUGGAAAUACGGCAUUGUCACUCAUACCAGCAUUGGCGUUAUUACCGGGACAAUUUGACCUGUCAGAACUCCCGCCGGGCGAACAGUCUAAGAUAGAUUCACCUGCAUGGGGAAUGCCUGAUGCCGUACAAGACAAGCAACAUCCGGCAUGGACUAAAUGGACCCACUAAAAAACAGGAAAUAAUUAUGCUAACACAGCUUCAACCUCUAAAUUAUAACAUAUUUUCAUAUUUUGGAUCUGAUGAUGGAAAAAAAAAUGAGAAGAGAUAGUAAAUUAGCAAUAGUCUGAAUUGGAUCAAUUAUUUGUAGGCAUAUAAAUUAUAUUACGAUCUUAUAUUCAUUCAAA